CGACAGUGACAGACGUUAAUAUAUUAUUUAUUUAAAAGGCCCUAGGGAAAAUAGCAAUAGCAAAAUAAUUUAGAAAUUAAAUAUUUAAAAACAGAAAAUUUAAAAAAAUAAGCCGUUUAACUUAAUCAGUCUGCCGAUAAUGUUUACAAUAAAAUAAGAUAAAAGAAUUAAUGUCACGAGCUUGACCACCUUAUCACUUCUUCUUUGGCUCACUGGUAUAGUUCACACAGUUUGGACUUAUUUUUAAUAGUUUCGCGAUAAGAGCGAGUCAUUUUCGAAGAAGUCACGAGAAAUGGCAGUGGUACCGCGCGUUUUAUGUAACGUAUCCUGUAGGUUAUUCAAAAAUGUCUCUCAACUGCCAAAGAAGUCUAGUCAGAAGUUUCUUCACUCUUCCAGACAGUUAUAUGCAGAAAGACUGUUCACACAAAAACACGAAUGGGUGAUGAUUGAUGGAAAACUUGGCACUGUAGGAAUCUCAGAUUAUGCCCAGGAGGCCCUAGGUGAUGUUGUAUAUGCCCAACUGCCCGAUGUGGGCAUGGAAGUGAAACAGAAAGAUGAGUGCGGUGCAUUAGAAAGUGUUAAGGCUGCCAGUGAAAUCUACAGUCCUCUUAGUGGGAAAAUUGUCGAGAAGAAUGUUGAAGUAGAAGAAACCCCUUCUUUAAUUAAUACCUCAUGCUAUGAUAAAGGUUGGCUAUUCAAGCUGGAACUAAGCAAUGAAUUAGAACUUCAAGAGUUAAUGAGCGAGUCGAAAUAUAAAGAAUAUCUCAAAACUCAAGAAGAAGAUCAUUAGAAAAUCCCUUGUAGUCAUUAGAGUUAAGUGAAAUGUUAUUCCUUAUCAGUUUGUAUAUUAAAUUGUUUAAUUCA